AAGAAGAAGAAGAAGAAGAAGAAGAAGAAGAAGAAGAAGCAUCCCAUAACGAGGAAAUUUUUCUGAAAAUUAGCCCGUUAAUAAGCCUGAUCAGAUCAGGUUUUCUAUCAGGUUUCUGACAACUUCGCUGCCUUGCCUCAGCUUCAGCCUGCAACAUGAGUUAGAGAACAGGAUUUUGGUGGAUGUCAACAAGAAGGCAGCAGUGCAGCUGCGGCUGCAUCUGACACACAACUUUAACUCAUGUGAUUACCAUCAACGAUGUCUUCAAACUUGAGGGCGAUGCAUGCCAUGAGCUGAUGAUGCUCAAUAACCUCUGUCUCACCUCCUCCUCCUGAUGUUUAUGGCCUGCAGUACAUCAAAUCCGAUGCAGUCAGACAUGCAACACAAAAGUCAACACAUCGCUCAACACCUGCUUCUGCUGACAGUAGCUGAUCCACUGUAGUUAACGCACCCAUCGAGUCGAAAUUGUUGUUGUCGGUGCACCAUCAGGUAAAGAUUGGAAAUGUGUCUUCAGCAUGCGCAGAGGGAGUUUUUGGAUGAUCCUCACAAACUAUGAUGGUGAUGAAUGGAAAGCAUUUGCUUGUUUGAUGUUUUUAUGACCCUGAGAGGUAUCAAACAUUACCUAAGCUCACCACCUAAUUUGAUCAGAAAUUGUUGGCAAUCAAAGCUUCACAAGUUUGGAGAUCAAUUCCAAGAAAUUGCAAGGUAAAGAUUUUGUUGUUUGAUGCAGUUAAAGUAGAGAAUUGUAGUGUAAUAGGUGGCUGUCUUAAAUUCUGGGUUUACAUAAAAGAAAGAAGUAUAAUAAUCAUAAAAAGUACAUAACAUAUUGUAUACAUAGAUAGAGAGAGAGAGAGAGAGAGAGAGAGAGAGAGAGAGGCCCUGCAUUUUGUGGGACCCUUCCCUACAACCAAGUUCACACACCACCUGAGGAAAAUGCCAAUGCUAAUAGCCAUUUUUUUAGGGACAAUGCUGUGAAAAUUCUGAACCUCUCUCUCUCUCUCUCUCUUUGAGUGACAAGAAUUGUUGCUGAAUAAGAAGCUCCCCUGUGUGGGUUGCUCUUGAUGUUUUCCCUGCCUUGUUAUCUUCUCCCUGUCUCCAAUACCACAAGAGAAUUCUGCUGGAUUUGAGGUACAGAACAUUGUAGCCCUGCUCUUCUCUGAGGUGAAAGGGAUGAGUAAAGAAGAAGACAUCAAGUUCCUCAAGAUACAGACAUGCAUACUUAAAGUGAACAUACACUGUGAUGGAUGUAAGAAGAAGGUCAAGAAACUGCUUCACAAAGUUGAUGGGGUGUACACAACCAGUAUAGAUGCAGAGCAGGGGAAGGUGACUGUAUCAGGUGAUGUUGAUCCUGCCACCCUCGUCAAGAAGCUUGCCAAGGCUGGCAAACACGCAGAGCUGUUGGCUCCGAAGGGUGGCAACAAUAGCAGCAGCAACCAGGCCCAGAAGUCACAGCCGCAACAGGGCAAGGGGCAGCAGAAGGACAAUGCGAAGCCACAGAAGGGUGGGAAUGGCGGCGGCGGUGGCGGCGGCGGCGGUGGUGGUGGAGGGAAAGACCAAAAAGGUCAGCAGCCUCAGCAAACACCACAGCAGCAGCAGCUGCUACUUCAACAACAGCAGCAGAUGCUGCAUCAAAUGAAAGGGUCCAAAGACCUACAGUUGCCACAGUUGAAGCCAUUCAAUUUACCCCCUCCGAAGGAGCCCAAAGCUGUCAGCUUUGCGUUGCCUCCUAAAGGCGGCGAUGACUACGACGAGGAGGACGAUUUCGUUGACGACUUCGACGACGACGAGAUGGACGAGCUCGACUGCUUCGACGCCGACGUCGACGACGACUUCAAGAACAUCAAGAUCACGCCCGCGGUCGGGGUACCGAACGGGAACGCUGUGAAGGGUAAUAACAAAGGAGGAGGAAACGGCGGCGGGGCUAAGAAGGUUGGAGAACAGAACCAAGGCAUGUGUAACAACGGUGUACCGAAGAAUGGCAAUGGUGGUGGUGUUAAGAAGGGUGGCUGUGGAAACCAAAACCAGUGUCAAGGCGUUGGAUCUGCAUCGAAGAAUGGUGGUGGCGCUGCGCCACAAGAUGGCGAUAACGAUGGCAGUGACAUCAAGAACCCUCCCAAUGGUCACGGCAAUGGCCAAGCUGGGAAAAGUGGCACCGCCAACGGAGCAAAGAAAGGAUGUGGGAAGAAUGAAAUGGGCGGCGGAGGAGGCCAUCCCAUGAUCAAUCCGGGCAUGAUUGGCCAAGGCUUCCCCGGCAUGGCAAUGGGACCUCAGAUGGGUAACGUUCCGGUGGCAGCGACGGCAGCGCAAGGAGUCCCACCUCACAAUUACUAUCAGGGAGGAGGCACGGUGGCGCCGCCGCCUGAUGUGGUACCCAUGACCAAUCCAUAUCAGCAGCAGCAGUACAUGGCCGCCAUGAUGCAGCAGCAGCAGCAACUGCAGCUUCAGCAGCAACAACAACAGAGAAUGAUGAUGAUGAUGAACGCCCAUGACCGCAGCUUCCAGCCGACGAUGACGGGCUACGCCCGGCCACCCCCGCCGCCGGUGUACCUGCCUCCGGUGCCAGCGGCCGUCCCACAUCAUGGUGAACCCUACACCACCUUCUUCAGUGAUGAGAACACCAGCAGUGGCUGCUCAAUCAUGUGAAACAAGCUUGAUAGCUUGGUGCAUGUAAUUGUGGUGUUGGUCUAUGUUUCUCUCUCACUCUCAGUGCAUCCAACUACCUCUCUUUCCAUGUGCAUUUGGUGAGGGAAACAGUAGCUGUCAUGAAAAGAAGAAAAGGGGGAAUGAUAGAUGAGAUGAUCUGCUGCAAAUAUACAAAAAUGGGUAGCUUAUUACUCUGGUCAAUAUAUAUCAUCUGAAAUUUUGACCCUUUCUCAGUUAAUUUUAAGGUUGAUGUGAUAUCAUGUAAAUGGUAGUGGCUGAUAGAAAAGAUCCAUGAAAGCUCAGAUAAGUUUGGUGGUAAAUUGAUGAGCUGAUGUUGCUCUCAAAUGGUGCAUUUAUGGCACCUGGAAAUGCAAGCAAAGGUUAAAAGUA